CACGUGCAGGUGGUAGGUAGCCACUAUUCGCUGCCUAACGAAAAAUCGCGCAUCUGUAUUUAAAAAUAAUCGGGGACUUUUCCUUUUAUUCCUUAAGGAAGGAAACGAGAAGAAGAACGAAGAACGAAGAAAAUAACGCGAAAGGAACUCUAACGUGACGAGACAAUUGAAGACCAGUGGCAGAAAUAAAGAGCACGUUAUAUAUAACCGAGUAAAUACGCCAGGAUGAUGAAGGCGGCACAGAUUCUACUGCUCGCCGUGGCUAUGGUCGCGGUUACCGACUCCUUGCCUCUGGCCGCACCCUCGCCUGAGGAUGUUCACCCGGUUAUACCGCUUGAGAGCGUCAAGGAGUCGUUGCGGUCGGGUCAAGUAGAGACGAAGAGUCCAAUUACGGAGGUAAAAUCGGAGGAUGCUUCCUCGGUUGCGGUCGUCGAUAUUGUGGAGCAGAAACUGAAGGAGGCCAAGUCCGCUGAACCCGAAGCUGCCAAGCCGAUCGAGGAAACCCCGAGCAUUGUUCUUCCCACGGAAGGAGAGGCGGCGACCAAACCGGUAGAGACGAAGGAAACGAUCGUCGAGACGCCAAAGGAGGAGGUGAAGAAAAUCGACACUCCCGAAGUUGAGUCGGAAGAGUCGAAGCCGGUAGUAGCCCGAUCGGAGGAGUCGUCGCCGAAAACCGAGGAGAUUAAUACGGCGGAAGUUCCGAUUCCAAUCUCAGCCGAGAAGAGCCUUGUAACGGAGACAAAGGAAGCUGAAGCUGCGGUUUUAUCGACGGAGGAAAAAAUCGCGUCUGCAUUACCGGCGGCUAAGGAACUGCCCCACGAAGCUUCAUUGAUCGUCGACUCGAUCGUCAAGGAUCAGAGCGAGAACCUGCAGAAACAGGAAGAAAAGAUCGUAGACAUCGCCGAGCGUGUAACUCGCGGAGGAAAAAUUACCCCGGAUAGCGAAAGCCCGGAGAAAAGUGAAGUAGGACAGGAACAAGCUGCGAUCGUGACGCCGGUUGAGAAAACUUCGAUACCGAAACUCGUGAGCGAAGCCGUUGACAGCGUUUCCAGGUCAGUGGAGGAAUCCAAGAAGGAACUGUCUGCCUCGAUCGAUAACGCGCAAUCAGCGGCGGCAAGUGAGAAGAUAGUAGAAGCAACAAAGGUAGCCGAACAAGAAUCCAGGAAGGUGGAAGACGCGGUGUCUGAAAUCAAAGAGGAGCCAGCAGUGAAGGAGGAGAUUAAGGGUGAGAAGGAGGGCAGUUUGAUUCUUGAAGAAGGAUCAGCAGCUACUGAGAAUGAGGAAAAGAAAGAAGAGACGGAAUUGAAGGAGGAAAAACCGGCUGCGGCGGAAGAGAAGCCAAAAGAGCUUCAAACCCCGGCUGCUGAAGAUCUCCCAAACGCUGAACAACUGACCGACAAUAAUCAGCCGAAAAAACCUGAACCGGAAGCGGAAAAAUCUGCUGAAACAUCGCAAGAAUCGAGCGAGGAAUCUUCUUCAAGCGAGGAAAGCGGAGAGGAGAAAAAAGGAAGCAAGCAUGACGAGGAUUCAAGUCAAGAGGAAAGUAUUGAGAAAAGCGAGACCGGAAAAAUAUCUACUUCAGAAAAAUAAUUUUUAGAAGAUUGAAUAAAACGAACCCGCAUACGCAUACACAACAAACCGACAAUCAUAUUAUACGGGAAGAAAAAAAACAAUCGAUCAUUCGCGAGUGAUAUAUAUAUAUAUAUAUAUAUAUAUACUUAUAUACUACACACACACACAUAUAUAUAUAUAUGGUUACAUAUUCCAUCGGAGAACAAACGACAUAAUAAAUGCGAGUAAAAAUUUUUUUUAAUAAAAAUAAAUUUAAAAAAACAAAAAAAAAAAAAAAACAACACAAGAGUAGGGCGAGAGAGAGAGGAAAAAGGUGAGAAAGUGUGCGUGUGUGAGAUAGAAGAACGCGAGAGGUAGAAAGAGUGAAUAGAUUAGAAUAUGGCGGAUUUAUACGAUCAUCUUUUGUAACCCAGUGAGGGAAAGAUACAGAGUGAAAGGGAGAAAGGGCAAACAAAAAAAAGAAAAUAAAGAUUGAGAGGGUGAGGAACGCCACGCUCCGAAAUGUAAAAAAUCGUGUCCUUUGAUAUCGCUACCACUUCGCUUUUUAAUCCAAAAAUGAAAUCAGAUCGAUAUUUCAAUGUAUGUAAAACUAUUUCACUGGAUCAAUAACAAUAUUAUAUGCACGAUGGAACCGCAUACCCUUCAGCAGCAUCCUCAAUAUACAAUACAGUUACGUGUUAUGGGUGUAGAUCAAUGUCGGAACAGAAAAAAGUAAAAAAAAAAAUAAGAAGAAAGAAGAAAAGACGAAUAAAAAAAAAAAAAGAGACCUGCCCUGGUUGUCCGUUACUUACAACUUCGGCGUCUACGCAUCCCCGUUAAAACAAUAAGCCCCACGUAUAAAACGGAAGCGUAGUUCGUCAUUAUAUAACAUCAUCUAAACUCUACUAUUAUACUAUCAUUGUUACUACGCAUAUAACGCACAUCAUCAUUUCAGUCCAUAUCGUUUUAUAUUAUACGUAUUACAAUAUAGAUAGAUAUUUUAGGUGUCUCGGUGAUGCGUGCAGGGCUCGAAUUGAAACGUAGUAGACCCUCUUGAUUAUCAUAAACCGCCUUUCUCUAUUAUUAAAAUUAUUAUCAUUAUUAUUAUUAUUAUUAUUAUUAUUAUUAUUAUUAUUUUUAUUAUAAACAUUUGUAUUAUGUCGUUAUGUUUAUUAAUCGUCGUUGUGGUAAAUGCGUUUAGCGCCUAUUAUUAUUAUUAUUAUUAUGAUUAUAUUAUUAUUAAUGUUAUUAUUAUUAUUAUUAUAAUAAAUAAAAGCGUUGAACUAUCUUCGACUCUACAUAUAUAUAAUGUGUGUGUGUGCAUUUAUAUAUAUAUAUAGAUAUACAUGUAUGGAUAUAACACAUAUAUUACACACCACGCACAGGAUAUAUAUAUAUAUAUAUAUAUAUACACACACACUUAUAAUAAUAAUAAUAGGGUGUGAACGCACGCACAUUUCCGUCUGUGUGUAUGUCUUUUUGUCUGUUUGCUGCAUGGUUCGAUUUACUAACCUUAGCUAUGAUUUAUGUCAGCUAAAAACCAGCAGCAAUUCUCUCAUGGAAGACUUGGCUGAGGGCCGUUAUUGGCGACCCCCAGCCAUACUCUAUCCCAACCCCUGAACCUCAUCCCCUAUAUACUCGCUUAAAAUAAACUCGAAUUUAAAAAGCGCAA